GCUAUCAUGUCCUACCUGUUUGACUUCAGCGAUGGGGACAAGGCCGAGACCCCGCAGCGACCCUGGAGAUCCUAUUUCGACCUCAUUGUGGUGGACACCCGCAAGCCACUCUUUUUUGCCGAAGGCACCGUCCUGCGCCAAGUCAACACGGACACGGGGAAGCUGCGCAUCGGGACGUACACCGGGCCGCUCCAGCACUGCGCCGUCUACUCUGGCGGCUCCUCAGAUGUGGUGUGUGACCUGCUGGGUGUGAAGGGCAAAGACAUCCUCUACAUGGGGGACCACAUCUUUGGGGACAUCCUCAAGUCCAAGAAGCGGCAGGGCUGGCGCACCUUCCUGGUGGUGCCCGAGCUGGCCCGUGAGCUGCAGGUCUGGACGGAGAAAAGCGAGCUGUUUGAGGAGCUGCGGAGCCUGGACCUCUUCCUGGCAGAGCUGUACCAGCACUUGGACAGCGGCAGCAGUGAGCGCCCAGACAUCAGCUCCAUCAAGCGUCGGAUUCAGAAAGUCACACACGAGAUGGACAUGUGCUACGGGAAGAUGGGCAGCCUCUUUCGCUGUGGCUCCCCCCAGACGCACUUUUCCAACAGCCGAGGAAACCAGCUGAUGCGCUACGCGGACCUCUAUGCUGCCUCCUUCAUCAACUUCCUCUACUACCCGUUCAGCUACCUCUUCCGGGCACCCCCUGUCCUGAUGGCACAUGAGUCGACGGUGGAGCACAGCCGCCUGGACAUGGGGGAGGCAGGCAUGGCCGUGGCCCCCUGGAUGCCCUGGCAUGGCCACCCUGACCAGCAG